UGCGCGUUGCUGCAUCGGCGCAUGCGCGGUGCGCAGCGAUGUCGAGCCGCGGGAAGAGGGAGCGGGAGCGGGACCGGGAGCGGGCGGCCGCGCGGGGCUCCGGGUCGGCCUCGGCGCGGGGAUCCUCCCGGAGCCGCCGGGACAGCGAUGCGGACAGGGCCCGCGGCCGGAGGGAAGCGGAGCGCGGCCGGGAAAAGCGGGAGGCGGCGGCGGAACCCGGGCCGGGCCUGGGCCUGGGGCUGGGCCUGGGGCUGGGCCUGCUCGGCGGGACUGCGCGCGGCCGGAGGGAGGCGGGAGGCGGGAAUUGGACCGGAACCGGAACCGGAAGCGGCGGAGCUGCGCGCGUCAAGCGGGAGCGGGAGGAGGACGGCGAUUCUGAGCCCGAACCCGAACCUACGGUGCGCUAUGGCCGCUUUGACCCCGAGGACCAACGCAGCCGUCACUGCCCCUACCUGGACACCAUCAACAAGAGCGUGCUGGAUUUUGACUUUGAGAAGCUCUGCUCCAUCUCGCUGUCCCACAUCAACGUCUACGCCUGCCUGGUGUGUGGGAAAUACUUCCAGGGCCGGGGGCUGAAGUCGCACGCCUACAUCCACAGCGUGCAGUUCAGCCACCACGUCUUCCUCAACCUCCACACCCUCAAGUUCUACUGCCUGCCUGACAACUACGAGAUCAUCGACUCCUCGCUGGAGGACAUCACGUACGUGCUGAAGCCCACCUUCACCGCGCAGCAGAUCAGCAACCUGGACAAGCAGGCCAAGCUGUCCCGUGCCUACGAUGGCACCACGUACCUGCCUGGCAUCGUGGGGCUCAACAACAUCAAAGCCAACGACUACGCCAACGCCGUGCUGCAGGCUCUGUCCAACGUCCCCCCGCUGCGGAAUUACUUCUUGGAGGAGGACAACUACAAGAACAUCAAACGGCCUCCCGGGGACAUCAUGUUCCUCCUGGUGCAGCGUUUUGGGGAGCUGAUGAGGAAGCUGUGGAACCCCCGCAACUUCAAGGCUCACGUCUCGCCCCACGAGAUGCUGCAGGCCGUGGUGCUGUGCAGCAAAAAGAACUUCCAGAUCACCAAGCAAGGGGAUGGGGUGGAUUUCCUCUCGUGGUUCCUCAACGCGCUGCACUCAGCCCUGGGUGGCACCAAGAAGAAGAAGAAAACCAUCGUCACCGACGUCUUCCAGGGCUCCAUGCGCAUCUUCACCAAGAAGCUGCCGCACCCAGACCUGGUGGGUACCCCCACACCCCCCCCAGACCUGGUGGGUGCCCCCAUACCCCCCCCAGACCUGGUGGGUACCCCCACACCCCCCCCAGACCUGGGGGGGGGGUUGGACUCGAUGAUCUCUGGAGGUCCCUUCCAACCCCUACGAUUCUGUGAUUCUGUGAAAGGGGAGAGAAGCCCCCAGCAUCACCGUUUCCCCCCCCCACCCCGUGUCCCCUGGCAGGGCACUGGGAAGUGGUACGAGCUGCAGGACCUGCAGGUGACCGACAUCCUGCCGCAGAUGAUCACCCUUUCCGAAGCCUACAUCCAGAUCUGGAAGCGCCGGGAGGAGGAUGAGACGAACCAGCAAGGCGCCUGAGCUCCCCCAGCACCCAUUAAACGUCUGUCUUUUUUUUUUUUUUUUC